ACUAUCAUGGCGACGGCGGAGCACAAGUCGAGUUUCUCCGCAUGGAGAUAUGCUCACUAUUUUACUUUUCUCGAGCAUAAAGACAAUAACGUGGUAGUUAAGUGUAAGUUGUGUCUUGGCGGGUCAAAGAUCCUAUCUACUGCCCAAAACAGCAAUUCCAAUCUGUUAAAACAUCUGCAGAAACAACAUGCUGGGACGAAGCUAGUAGCUAAGACCACAGACCCAGAGCCAUCCGACGGCGACGCCUCUCCACCUCCACCCAAGCAACAGCGGUUGGAUUUCAACCGAGGGACUGCUAGCCAGGGAAAAGUGGAUAAAGCCAUUGCACGGUAUGUUGUUGAACACGUGCAGGCUAUUUCUACAGUGGAGUCACCCGCUUUCAGGGAGCUAGUUAGCAUGAUAGCAUGUCCGGGCGGCACACGGCAUAUGGGACGCAAAACGUUUUCCAACUACCUGGAGAAAGAAUAUACCAAAAUGGAAAGCGAGCUAAAGAAAACAUUUGAGGGGCUGGAAUACAUCUCGACCACCGCAGACAUUUGGUCUGUCCACAACUUCCUCGGGAUAACAUCUCACUGGAUAAACCCCACCACUUUACAACGCCAGAAAGCUGCGUUGGCCUGUAAAAGGAUAACGGGAAACUCAGGUUUGUGUUGUUUUGGAACAAAGCUGAUCAGACGGACUCCUGAAGCUUCAGUGGUUGCUCGUCUCUGCCAGGAAUGAACACGCGUUCACACCAGCA